AUGUAUCAUUUGAAAAGGCGAAACGUAUUGUUGCCGCCUCGCCGCCUGAAGUCACACUUGUCAUUUGUCAUAAUGCAGCCAGGUAAUCACAUUCAUGAUCAAUCAGUUGAAUUACAGAGUUUUUUCAAUGCCCCCUUUCGUUGUGAACUUAAAUUCAAAUGGCAUUUUAAGGAUGUAUUUCUCCACCACUGAGAGUUGGGCUUUCCUGAAUCCUCACAAAUCUCACCUUUUUGGAGUAAGUUCAUCGUCUUGCAAGGGUGGAAGCUAAGAGUUAAUGCUCCAAAGAUGGGCGUGUGGGCGUCUCUCUCUUUAAUCCGAGCAUCCCUAUUGUGGAUUAAUAGUGGUAAUUGAACUGAGUGGAGUGCAAUUUGGGCUGAAAUCGUACGCGUAAUUUCAAAAUCGAACAAGCGCGCAGCGCUCGUUCGAUUUGAAAUCACAAAUAUGAUUUCAGGCCAAAAUUGCACGACAAGAGGUUCAAUUACCACUUUAUUACAUCCAUUUUGAAAUCGCCCAAAUAGAGGACUUGGUCAGUUCAAAUAUUCUAUUGAUGUAGUAUUGAGCUGGUCUGAAAUUCAAUUCAUCCAUUUUUGCAGGGGAAAAAGUAAGAGUUUUGGAAACAAAAGUUGCAAAAUUUGCCACAUGAUACUCUUUGUCUUUCAUUUUCCUGCGAUGUGGUUGGUAAUUUUAAACAAACACUUGAAAUCUGAUAGGUUAUUUUGUUUUUAGUGUAACCUCCUCGUUGGCUGGGAAAAAGGUGUGAUUUGAAGCAAAAAAUGGUGCGAUUCGUGAAUAAAUCGCACCAAUUAGAGCCAAUCAGAUUACAGGGACCACUAGUGAUUUCAAAAUGGGUGUAAUAAAGUUGGUUACGGAUUCCAACAGAGCGUACGAUCAGCAUCUGCUGCUCCAAGGUGUCUCUCAAAUUCAGUUUGCAUUCAUGGACAGUAUUAGGGGGAAAAAGGAAAGAGUGAGUCACUCUUGACCUAUUUCUCCCUAAGACUGAUAAAAAAUUCAAGCUGUAAAUGGUAUAAAAUAUUGUAAAAAGGACCCAAAGAGGACUAAAUUGUCGACAGCUAAAGCUACGUAACAGUAAAAGGCCUUGUCAAAUUGUUUUUAUGUCGUAGAGAAGGAGAACAAAAAGCAUGUGAUUUGUAGUCUAAUGAUUAAACUGACCGGUUGAAGUUUUUGGAUGUGCUCCGCUUUUCAUGCUCUCCUUGAUAGGUAUUUGGAAAUCCAACAAUAAAACACAAAGACCACAGUUAGCGUAUUUUAAUCCAAAUUUGUAGACAAACAGACUGACUUGACUUGUGCUCUGUUCUGCUGUAAAAUACUCAGGAAGCGGCUAGAGCACGAAAGAAGUGUAGGGAGAAAAACGAGACGUAUUCGAGUGUUUCUCCCUAUUUCUUGAGCUCUUCAAUUUGUACUCUGAUAGCGCACGCUCAGCGUGCGUUAUACCCGAACUUUAUUAUAAACUACUAUAAAUUUAUUAGCUGCCUGCACCUUUCUCUCGGAAUUGACGGAAGGUUUAUCGUAAUGUAAGACUCAUGCUGUUAAAACUUUAACGUCUCUGUUUUCUUUUAGUUUUAUGAAGAAACCUCGAACUCCCUCAUGCGGAAUAUUAACAAAAGCAGCGGAGAAAAAGAGGAAAAGAUACGGUAAUUAGAAAUUUGAAACGGCUCUUUUCAUUAUACUGACUGGGGAGAUCUUCAUUUUCGCAUCUACUACCAUUUGACCAAUCUUUGACGCUCUAUUUUUAAAAACAUAAAGUUGACCGAUGAGGAUCAAAUGUUAGGUUCUUUGGGUUAAUUUCUCAAGUUCAGUUCACCGAAGUGGAGAGAUUAACUGGUGUAGAUUAUCAUUUUAGAGAUAAUUAAUCGAGGAAAUACAUUUAUCAUAUAAAGAAAAGAAAAGAAAAGUUGUGACAACACAUGUGAAAAAAUACGAUACUUUUUCACAUGUGUGAUAUCGCCAAUCAGCUGCUGACACGUCACUCGCCUUUCACAGGUUGAGGUUGAUUAAUGAACAGCAAAGCCUUUACCAUUCUCAAUCCGUGGUUGUUUAUCGGAAUUUUCUCGGAUUAUAGCUGCACUGAAAAAUUCGUAUCGCUUACCAACAGUGACGUUCAAACUUUCCUAGAAGGGGAAGAAAACCGAAUUACGGAGAGAAAAAGCGAAAGUUACGUAUUCAGUGGCUUUGGUAAUGGCAUUUCUCGUGGCUAAGAACGAAAAUCGACAACUGGGAGGUCUGCCACAGGCCGCUUUUAGCUGUGUACCUGAAAGAUUUCUUCUGUCGCAAACGACAAAGUCGGUAACUGAGAAUUUUUUAUAUUGAAAAUCACGCUUAUGGUUGUUUUUGCAAUGCUUCAACGCAUUUUUCAUCUUGAUCUUUACAAUUUUUAUUCGAGGAUUGUCGAUUCUUUUGUUUUCAUUCGUCAAUAAAGUCGACUUUUCUUGUCAGUGAAGGACUAUUGUGUUUAUAUGAUAAAAAAAAAUUAUAUGUGGUUGCUUGUAGAUAUGGAACUUCUCUUCUCGUGUUCAACUCGACAUCUCACUCGUUGCCUACGCUCUUUCGUAAGCACUCGAAGAAAGAGUUCAUAUCUACGCGCGCCCAUUUAUUAUUCUCUCCCUAUAUAUAUAUAUAUAUAUAUAUAUAACCCGAGCGCCAGACAAACACACUUCUGAUUCCUUCUAAGGAUUCGAACUUAGAUCAAUAACGUUAUCCUUUCUUGCCAAUAACCAUUUCACAGACUUAUGCAUUAAUACGGCAAUCGAACCACGAAAAUCUUAAAACUUGCCAACCAGUUUGUAAGCUAAGAUUAUGUGUGACAGUGCCUUGUAAGCUGUUACAAAUAGGAAUCUUACAAGACUAUAUUUUGUGGAGGAGAGUGAUUAAGUUUGUAAAUUCCGAGUUCGGCUGUCGAAUAACUACCGAUUUCAAACUCUGGUAUCGAAGUAAAGUAGAACGCGUACAUGACUAAAUAUGGAGUCGAGUGAAUAAUCUGUUCGGAUAUCUCUAUGUUGUAGACAGUAUAAAGUGUUGGUCGAGGUGGUCUCUUGCCCAGCUGACAGACGAGGAUUGCGUUUUUGAUGAGGUAGGCACAAGUAGCUGCUUAUUGGGUUUGUGCUUUGGUUUUAUUCUGAAAAAUGUCCCAGUUGUAACAUCAGGCGCGUCCACUUGCUGUAUCUCAUUCUAGAUAUUUUUUUGAAUGAAGAUAGCUUGAAUAUAAUGGACGAGAGCAACAGCGAUAAAAAUGUGUUAUGUCGUAGAAUUAAAUUUUCCAGUUGAAUUUCAUUUAUCAAUAAGAAUAUUUAUCACUCGAUACCCUUGUAAAAGCUUGCCAGAAGGUGAAGGCUGGUUUUCAAUGGCGUCAGAGUCGACAGAGCGCAGACGAACCCGUGAAAUAAAAAAAUCAGAGCUGUAUGCAAUUAUAGACUUCACGGGAUGGGAAUCGGAAAAAUCAGAAAGUUUCCAUCCCCCUUUGACUCCGCUUUCGACUCUAAAGCUUAUAUGAGGGUCUCAAUGGCAUGACGGCUUUUUAGGCUAACAGUUCAAAAUUUUGGCCAUCUUACGGUUAAUAUCAAUCACCAGAAAGUUUUUUCUCCGGUUAACUUUUUCACGAUUAUCGGCUAAAAAUUUGUCAAUUUUUCCGCCUAAAAGCUACAUUUUUGGCCGUUGUACGGCGAUUGGUUGACCCCAUCGAGACCCUCUUCUAAUACGAUCUUGUUAAAACCCUCUUCUGGUAAGAUCUUGUUAACGGCAUGUAAUCGGAGUCACAAGCAGAAGCAGAACAACAAACCAAGUACAAUGCCAAUUCCCUACCCUCCCGAGUAGUCCAGACUUUCAUAACCUAGUUUUCAAGGGAUCUAAGUGACAGUCAUAGGCUGAAUUGCAAGUCUGCGUCUAAUUUUAUUGCAAUACCAGAGAUAACUUUAUUUUCAGAGAUAUGACCUCAUUGUUCAAGACAGGUUAUGUAUUAUCUGUAUACAGGGUGAAAAUCAAACUCAAGGGCAAAGAAAGAUCGGACAAAUACAGGUAUGCAGCAUGCUACUUUCUCUUACGCUUAAUUUAGGUCAGGUAACAGCCAUAAAACAAAAAAAGGUCGUUUUAAAAAAUUUUGUCUAACUUAAGUUCGUCAUCUCGCAUGCAGGCAUAUGUAAGCACAUGUCUCCUACACUGAAAGCAGUGUCUCUAGUGUUUGAUUCACCAGUGUUUGCCCCCAUAACUCGGAAAGUUUUGCGAGGAGAGCUGGGUAGAGCGUUAUUUUGCCCUCAGUCCUUCCAUACAUCAAACACAAAUUAGAUGAUUGUAGAUGCUGAAGCUCCCCUGACUGUUUGCUUGCACUAUUCACAUUAUUUUACUCUCUUUAGUUGAGAGAGAUACUCUAAGUACAGUGUAUUACUUUGGGACAAUAUACAAAGUUCCGAGAGGGCCUUACUGAUCUAUAACUGAAGCGUAUUUCUACUUUCAUGCAUUUAAUGUUAUUUCUGUUGUUUUCAUACUUCGUUGCAGCUGCAUAUAUGGCAUGAUCCUCAUGGGAACAACAUGACAGUGCGUGUGUUGAAUGCAAGAGGUCUAUCAUUGCAACUUAGGCCAAAGCAGGAGUUAAUCAAUCCCUACGUUCUACUGUAUCUACUACCAAACAGAGAGUAAGGAUGUUAAAGUUGAUAUAUUAAUGACUAGAGCGGCGCAACGGAACCCACUCUCAUACUAAACAUUUUUGUAUCUUUUGUGUUGUUGGAGGAUGAUUAAAAACCUAUGGUUAUCUUCCUGUUGCUUUUUCUCCGAUCUCUCCUACGUGUUCCCUUCCACCUUUUUCUCUCGUUUCUCUUCAUUCCUUUUCUUUACCGCCUUUCCUACUCUUUCCCUGGUCAUGUCUCUAUAAUUAUUUUCAAAGAAAAUCGUAGGCCAAACAUUUCUUUUACUGAUUUAGUUGGACAUCAAAAUCAAACCACUUUCAAAAUAGCUGUUACAGCGUUUUUACUCUGGUCUGUCCCACUGGUGCCCAGACAUUAUCACUUUAGGGUGGAAUCGCAGCUGGAACGCGCACAAUAUAUGGAACACGUUUUUGUUGGAGUACCAAGUAGCUGAUGUGUUUACUAUUGGAAUGCUGGUUUUCUUUUUAGGAUCUCAAGUCAUUUUAGGACCAAUACUGACCCAGAGACGGUUACUCCAAAAUGGGAUCUCAGUUUUGUGUUUUCAAAUAUCCCUGAAAGUGAGGUGCGAGGUCUUUUACCUGAUUUCAAACGUUUAGAUUUCAAUUUAUAGCAGCGAUAAUUUUCUCAAGAACUAUGGAGUUAGUUUCGGCUAAAGUCAAAGAAAAGUAUAGGCUAAAACGUUUGAGCAAAACAGUAAAUAUGAUGAGUAAUGCGACGUAAUUUACGCCUGAUGUAAUACACUACACUUUUUGUUUCUUUGCCAGCUUCCCUCAAGAACUCUGGAGGUAACUCUCUGGAGUGAGGUUCCGGGAGAUACCAACAUAUUUCUUGGAGAGGUACUUGGAACUGGUGAUAUCAUUUUCUUAAUUUUUGAACAAUGAUAAAACAUAGGAAGCAACACAUUUUGUUUUUUUAUUUUUUGAGAACUGAACAUCGGUUGCAAUGUGUUUUUUUUUUGUAAUGCGAGUGCACGUAGUAAUUAUCAAAAAUGCCGAUCAACACUUUCAGUUGCAAUUUCCCUGACAAACUUAAAUCUUACAUAAAAAUGAUUUCAGUUUAGCUGACAAGAGAAAUUGACUCUCUUAAGUGUCAACAAUAAUUCGGGAUAAAUGAAAUAAAUGAAUGGAUGAAUGAAUAGAUGAAUGAGUGGGUGUGUGGGUGAGUAAGUGGAUGCGUAAAUAAGUGUAUAAAUAGAUCACAGUUUUAAUCGCUUUCUCAGACGUUCCAUACAUUUUGCUUUAAUGACGCACUGAAUUUGAUGUGUUCAAUUCUUUAAGAGUUUGAUAAAAAUGACGCCGACUCUGCUCUGUAGUGGCGCACAAUGGUUUGAUAUCCAGGAUCAUGACGAGGCGUCCACGUUUCUCCCAGUACCAAUGCGUCGCAGGCAUACUCUUUCUCCAUGUUUACUUCCUCCCAUCAAUGAAGGUAAUUUUAGAUCUGGGUCUGCACUGGUGUGGCUGACACUUAGAGGCCACUUGACAUCGUCUGCUGUGCUACCCGUCCGCGAAAGUUGAUCUUUGUCAUACUUUUGGCUAUCAUACGAGUCUGCAGUGGUUUUGUUCAACAAAGAGUUGCGAUUGGUCCUAGAGGCCGAGCCACAUUGUGAAUUAAUCCGAUGCAUAACCUAAGCCAACUUGGUUAUUGGCGAUGUCAAGCUGUUUACUUGUUCUUACCUAGAAUUCUCACCAAAUAACUUUUGAAAGUAUCCUGUGUUCUGACUAGCAGUUUCAAUAGCUUCGUUAUUUUAAAACGAUGCAAGGUCGAAACGCUCUGAGAAGAACAAAAGUUUGAGACAAAAAUUCUGCAGAUUUCUCUCGCUCAAAACAGCAACAACGAAGAGGCAUAAUGAAAAUUAAAAACAAUUGAUUGCUCCUGUGAGUUGUAACUAAAAGUUAAGGUGAAGGAAUUGAAUAGAAAAUGUAUCCUGUCAAGACCACCUUACAUUGAAGCGAACAUGAAAGAAAAUUUCCUCAAAACGGCGAAGAUAAACAAUCCGAAACAAGAAAAGCUACUUUACCAAAUAUGUAGUAAGAUACUUUAAGAAAUUUAGCCCCGUUCUUUUUGCUUAUUUUUUAGUGAGGACCUCUAACGAGGAAGUCAAGAAUGACAGCAGUCCUACUGGUCUUAAGACGGCCAAUCGUAGCAUAAGCACGGUAAACAUCUCAACAUGCGUCUCACAAGUCUUCAUCAGCGAAAGCGAUGGCCUCACAAUGCAGCACAGGAGAAGGAGAAGAGCUGAUUCCGUUGUUACAAUGAAAGCGUUCCGUCCCAAAAGAAAUUCAAACUUCCAAAGAAUGGAAUCUUUCCGGAGAAGAUUCUUGGGUGAGAAAAAAACAUAAUCUAAAUACGCCCCUUCCAUACAAAGCAAUUUAUGAUUAAAAACAGAAAAUGGUUAUGGGAGACUGGUGCCUAAACGGUUUGCGGGCCGCACUCAGGUUCUAGAGGGUUAGGUUCGAGACCUGUCAAGCAACUGAGUUGUGUUCUUGAGCAAGGUGCUUUCUUGUUCUCUGCUCCACCUUGGAAUAUAAAUGAGUUACGGUUAGCUCUUAAGGGGGGUGGGGUGGGAAUGUUGCGAUGGAAUGGCAUUAAUGUCAGGGUGUGAGGCAAAUUUUAAGCUUUGGAAUUGCAAUCAUCUAAAUUUAGAUUCAUCUUUCUAUCAAGUUUUGAUCAUCAAGAUCUUAUCUCGCCCACCAAAUGCUCUACCUCGCAGAUUCAAGUUAUAAAAGUCGGUCAGCCCCAACAACACCCUCCGUCAGUAUUCCGCAAUCCAUGGAAGAUCUGAGAAAGAAAAGAGCGAUGACGCGAUCAACAGAUGGCUUAAAGUUUCCACUUCACCUGUCAGAUUAUUUUACGUCUUUAAAGUCUGCAAAAGAAAACGCUCACGAAAUAGAAUUUAAAGCUAAAGAGGAGAGAGAAGGGAAGAUGAGAGGCGCUUUGAGGGUCAUGAAAAGGUAGAUAGUGAAAAGUGUACCUUUUUUGCCCAGAGAAAUCAGCGAUUUGGUGUUGAGAGUAACUAUAAUUGUACAGGUUUUGUUUUUAAAUCGAACUAUAAUUGGUCUUAAAGUUUCAAAAAUUGAUGAUGAUAUUCAACAACUAUUCACCAAAGUGAAACGGCCUGGUAUCUACCAUAGGCCACCAACACACAGUAUAAGUGAGAUAUUAAAGUGAGAUAUUGUACAAGAAAAACAUGAUUUUAACUCAUUUUUUCCUGCAACGAUUACAAUAUUUUCAGGCGCAAAUCCCGAAAUCGAGAGUUGCUUGAGGGUGAAUAGCAUAGGGUAUUCGGAGUAUAAGUUUCCAAUCAGAGCACGCCCUCAACGCUAUCCACUGAUAUAUGUUAAUCACCUUAAAGAACAAAUAACCAAUCAAGUGGGCACCCAUCCAUAGACAACUAUUUCGACCUCAUUAGCUCUCACUAACAUAGCAGCAUUGCUAUCAAAAAAAUGUAACUCAGUUCUCACAAGUAUACCAAACAUAAACCUCUCUUUCAACAUAUCAGACGCAAAAAUUGCUGCAGAACUAAAUUUCUCUGGGAACCUAGUUUUUGUUACUAUUAUUAUUACUCUUAUUUUAUUUGCCCCUUUCAGGAAGUACAUCAGUUCUUACUGUGAGUGCUCAUUCAGGCUUAGUGAUAAUUCAGAGGACCGGACUUAACCGUUGAUAUUUUAUUUUACAGUCCUCUUAUUCGUGUCUCUCAGGUACCCUGCAAAUUUCAGGAUACGUUUAGGAAAAUUGAUGGAGAAGCCAUGUCAGCUUGGGGUAGUCGCUGAGCCUGGUGCUAGUGGAUCUACGAUGUCAGAAUAUCAUGGUAAUAUAUAUAGUAACUGUUUGUAAUCCCUUGGAAACCUGUUAAACCUUUUACUUCCAAGAUAUCAUUGGUAGUUGAGCUUACUAUCUGUCAUAGAAUUCAUAUGUAGAUAUUACUUCCUCUAAGCCCCUGACAAAUUUACUUAUUCAUAUGUGAGAUUAUGAGAUGAGUAUCUUUAGAUAGGUACCUUUGGAAUAUGCAUGCGUUCCGAGUCCCUCUCCCUCAACAAUAAAAAGAUAACUGUAGAAGGAGCGUGAAGUUGAUUUCAGGCGAAAUAAUCAAAAGUAUUCACAAGAUCGGAAGUAUCGUCUCCAGAGUAAAAAGCUUAGAAGAUGGAUUCAGAAGUUUAAAGGAAAGGAAUAGCAUAAGAUUAGAAAGAUUAAGACAUUUUAAACAUUUAGGCGAGAUUUUGUAAGAUGCGCACACCACGACACACUCCUGCAAGAACAGUCAAACCCCUCUUAAGUUGUCAGCUUAGUACUUGAUCAGUUCAUCGAAAGUUCGCAUAGCACUUUUGUUUAUGAUCACAGAUUUGCCUGGAUAUCUUUCUGCUCCAACUACGCCCAACGUGUCGACGUCCACCGAAGACCUUCGACGGGAGAGAUCUCUUACCAAUUAUUUACAAGUACCUCGAAGCCCUGGUGUUUUUUCAAUAUUCAAGCGUCGUAACGAUUCUCAGAGCUCACAAGUGUGCGCAGGAAAUGUCGCCGAAGGAGAGGAGCCGUCGUAAGUUGUAUACCUCACUAUUUUCAUUUUGGUAUCAUACUCAAAGAAGAUUAAAUUUUAAUAAGAAUGUUUUCAUUGCCAAUGUACGAGGUGCAUAACACCUAACCAGGGUGACGUCUACUGACUUAAAGUAAUUCAGUCAGCAAAGAUUGGGAGAAAAAUUUUCACUGCUGAAUUCGGUGUAGUUUGUGCGCAUGCCCUAAAUGAAUUUGCUCUUUUUAGAUUCUUUACAGGGGUACCCAUACAGGAAAAAGUUUUCAUUCUUUAAUGUGAGGAGAGCCACAAACCUAACUGCUUGCCUCCUUGCUCUCCUCUACUUAUUAUAGCUAAGUUCUUUUUAUCGAAGGUGUAUCGGAACAUUUCCUCUUUCAGUUCAAUGGAAACUCAGCCAUGUUUUUCACCUCGCUUAUCGCCUUCUUCGAAUGAUGUAGGCUGGGAGGUUUUUUCGCCAUUGCCCACGAUGAAGGAGACAGAGUGAGUCAUAAGUUCUUCUCAUCUUUUUUCUUAAGUCUAAUAGAUCAGCUCAUCGGUUGUGCCUAAACAGCUGAAACUUUCCUUUUUUCCGUGGACGUCGACUCUUAUCGCAAGAUGUUUACCCCUGGAUAGAAACCACUGGAAAGUAACUCGCAAUGCGAUGUGUUACAUAGAUGUGGAGGUGUAGAAAGUCUUUUUGCUUGAAAUUUUACGAAAUAGUAAGCAAAAGAAAGUCGCCACGUUACCCGUUAGUUUUAAGAGUUAAGCCGAGUAUAGCCUCCUCUAAUGAAUUACCUUUCCUAUCAUAGGCCGCACUUCACAUUUCCUAAACCGAUACAUGACCCCCAAUUUGAUUACGUGGAUGAAGAGGAAGUUACCCCGGAAGAACGCCCGUCGCGUGAUGCCUAUGCCGGAGACACCGAAGCAGGAGAAUUAGGUAUAGGUAAGGAGGACUUCCCGCUCCAAACCAGCCCUUUCACGGUUUUACUUUUAUUGUUUGAUAAAAAAGGUCAUUUGGUUUAUCGGUUGGGGUGAAAUGGCAGUUGUGCUAUACAAAUGAUCGAAAAAAGAAAUUAAAUUUUGCAAUAAGUAAGGCUGGGGAAGAAGUGUACCCGACCGAGUCGCAUAAGAACAAGUUUCGCUAGAGCUUUGUAACAGUCUUGAUUAUUAGCCUGAUUGUUUUUGCCAAAGCAGUGUGAGACGGGUGAUCUCAAUUUAAGUUGUACCGGUGUUUUACGUGAAAGGAGUCUCCGUCCGUUGCUGAUGCUACUGUUGUCUCUGAAAUAUCUGUAUCAAAAUCACUUAUGGCGGAAAUCUGUUGAGUAUUAACCCUAUUACUCCCAGGAAUGACCAAACAUGAAAUCCUCCAGCAAAAUCCAUGCAUUUCCAAGCAAAAACGUGAUGAGAAGUGAAAAAAAUUAUCCACUAGGGGGAUAUUGCGUAAUUGACCACCAAAUUCUUAGAUCUGAAAAAUAAUGAAUGACAUACGGUUUGGAGAAUCGCUAUUUAGAUCUUGUGGGUAAAGGGUUAAAACCAUGAGGUGCACACACUUCUCUUACAUCAUGAAGUGCGUGAAAUCAUCUCCUUAGGAAACCAGCAACUGGUGGCUCUCCCUGAAAGUUCACCACUGGACAAUGAUGACCAGGAGCCGUGUUUAAACGUCAUGGAUAAAUGGGAAAUUCCUCGUAUUACUGUGCAUCGUGACAGCACAGGUGAUCAUACGCUGCCGGCUUCAGCAGACAACGCACCAAAACAAGAAGCAGAACCGCCAGCAGGGAAGAAAGGAACAUUACACGCCUUGAGAAAGUAAAUUACUGUUGACUUUAAGGUUUAAACAAAACUAUUCCCAUGUAAAUAUCUUACAAGCAAACCAAUGCUUUUAGAGAAUUAUGGGUUUUUACUAACCCAAAAAAGCCAUAAUUUUCUUUCAUUUUGCUGUUUACUUCUGCUUCAAAGCUGACCUCUUAUUCCCCAUUGUAAAGAUUUCAUGUAUGUCAGCGGUAAAUUUCAAACUUUUUAAUUAGCAGUUAUCGUGAUUAUUGAUCGCCAUUUGCAUCUCGUUAUUAGAUAUUCUCGAAGUUUAAGACCUCGUUUAAGCAGGGACUCUGCGGCUAAACUAACCUUGUAUGGUGAAGAUCCCGUGAAGGGUGUUGUUGGACCGGGCCAAUUGAGAAGGGGAAGUUAUCAAGGUGAAAAUAAAAAGAGAUUUUGACAACAGAAUUCCUCACCAUGCGUGGGUCUCGAAGUUAGGUUCUUAGUGUACAUCAAGAAAAGUAGAUAAAAAUGAACUCUGUUGAAACGAUAAAAAUGACCGUAUAUCACAAUUUUGGAACAAGGCGGAGGCAGUGUCUCUUUAAAAACAAUUUUACUUUACAAGUUCAAAAUCCGUUAUACAGCCACCUUAGACUGAUAUACUUUUACAUAAUUUUACAACCUCUACGAUGGACCUCUCUUUACCUAUAAAGUGCAUUUGAAACUUACGAGAGAUGUUCUUUACGCGUCUGGUACAAAAUCAUUAGUUCGAUCUCACCUAUAAAAUUGCAUCAAUAAAAUGAUGUUUAAAAUGAUUUAACUGUAAGCUAAGACUAAAGGAGAACAAAAAUGUCUUUAAGAAUUAGUGACUAUCUCUUUUUAUCGCAGGCCACGAACUGGGUUACCUUCGGAUUGGUUUGUUCUCAUCUCGAGGAUCUCUUGAAGUGGAAAUAAUACGAGGAGUUAGCCUGUUAGUCCUUGGCGACCACCCACCAGGUAUGGUAUAAGUAAUUGCUGCUUGUUCAGUCAAACUUUCCUGUGUUACCGCCUCCUUUAAGGACAACCUCUGCGAAGUGACCAGGCACUUUUCAUAAAUCUGAUACUGAAAUUCUGUCAUUGAGAUCGUUACAUUUGGAGCGUCCCCUCGAUGACCGCGACUUCUUUUUUUUUUUUAAUAACUUGCCAUUUACCGGUAAACUCAUUUUAAUUAAUUAAUUUUUAAGCAAAGCCGAACCAAACAAAAAUAAAGAUAAAAUUGCUUCACUGACAGAGGGUCCUUUUAUGGGUUUCACUUCUACACAGAUACGUAUGUGAAGACAUAUUUAAUCAAGGAUCAAGUCCGACUUCUUAAGAGAAAAACUUCCAUCACUCGCCAAUCCGUUAAUCCAGUGUACAACUGCAAAAUCAAAUACUCUGGGUGCGAAGUCCAUAACAGCGAAUUAUUGGUAAGCUCUAAUGUAAACACCUAUACGUAUAUUAGACAAUUUCUAAGCUUAACGGCAAUUCUUAUCCAUGCACCUGUUCCUGCUUUCUUUCGUUUGUAUAUAUGUCCUUCAAUCGAUUCAUUCAUCGCCUCUUUUAUCCAUUCGUUGAUUGGCCCUUCCAUUUAGCCCUCAAUGUGUCCAUUGUUCAUCUGCUUUUCUGUUUGUUUGUUUGUUUUGUUUGUUUGUCUUUUCUGUUUUCUUGUUUUCUGGUUCACUGUUUUAUCCUUUCAUAUUUUUUAUUUUUUCUCCUCCUAUUCUUCCAUUUGUUGGCGUCAAUUUUGUCGUUCAUCCUUCAAGCAUACCUACAUUUGCGUUCCAUACAUUAGCUCUUCCAUUUCUGGAUUCAUUCCUUCAUUCGAUCUCUCACUCGUUCGCUCGACUUCACAAUCAUCCAUGCCUUGUUUCAAUCGUUCUUACAUUGAUACAGUCGUUUUUUUCAUUUUGCGUCGAAUGUUUCUAAUCGAUCAUUUUAUUUUACACAAACCAUCUUCUUCAGGUGAGUGUUUGGUGCAAGCAGGGAAUAUUUGGGCGUAAGGUGUUGCUUGGAGAAGUGCACAUUGCCCUGGGCUCUUUGAAUCUCAGCGUUAAGCAGGUCGCUUGGUAUAAGUUAUUUAUUGAGUCACAAUUGAGUGACGACUGA